CCUCGAGGGCGCACGCGGAGAGCGGCCCGGCCGCCGCAGCCGCCAUGUCCUGCGCUAAUUACAGCAGCUUGAACCGGGCGCAGCUCACCUUCGAGUACCUGCACACCAACUCAACUACCCAUGAGUUCUUGUUUGGUGCCCUUGCUGAACUUGUAGAUAAUGCCAGAGAUGCGGAUGCCACAAGAAUAGACAUUUAUACUGAGCACCAAGAAAACCUGCGAGGUGGAUUCAUGCUGUGUUUUCUGGAUGAUGGAACAGGAAUGGAUUCAAAUGAAGCUGCCAGCGUUAUUCAGUUUGGUAAAUCAGCCAAGCGAUCGCCAGAGUCGACUCAAAUCGGGCAGUAUGGGAACGGCCUGAAAUCGGGUUCCAUGCGGAUUGGGAAAGACUUUAUCCUGUUCACAAAGAAAAGUAACACCAUGACUUGCCUCCUCUUGUCCCGGACGUUUCAUGAGGAAGAAGGCAUUGAUGAGGUCAUUGUUCCACUGCCCACAUGGAACGUGUGGAACCGAGAGCCUGUGAGUGACAACAUGGAGAAGUUUGCUAUUGAGACAGAGCUGAUUUACAAGUAUUCCCCGUUCAAAUCAGAACAGCAAGUGAUGGAGCAGUUUAAUAAGAUCCGUGGUGAGAAAGGCACCCUGGUGAUCAUCUUUAACCUCAAACUGAUGGACAACGGGGAGCCAGAGCUGGAUGUGACUUCUGACCCUCGAGACAUUCAGAUGGCAGAAAUUCCCCCAGAGGGAACAAAGCCUGAGCGCCGCUCCUUCCGUGCCUAUGCUGCUGUGCUGUACAUUGAUCCCAGGAUGAGGAUCUUUAUAAACGGACACAAGGUGCAAACCAAGAGGCUUUCCUGCUGCUUGUACAAGCCAAGGAUGUACAAAUAUACUUCAAAUCGCUUCAAGACUCGUGCAGAGCAAGAGGUGAAGAAAGCAGAGCACAUGGCAAGGAUAGCGGAGGAGAAGGCUCGGGAGGCAGAGAGCAAAGCCCGUGCGUUCGAGCUGCGCCUCGGCGGGGACCUUACACGGGAGUCCAGGGUGACGUUACGUCAGGUGCAGAACUCGGCCAUAACCCUGCGCCGGGAGGCCGACGUCAAGAAGAGGAUUAAGGAUGCAAAGCAGCGGGCACUGAAGGAACCCAAAGAGCUGAAUUUCAUUUUUGGUGUGAAUAUUGAGCAGCGUGAGUUGGAUGGCAUGUUCAUUUAUAACUGCAGUCGACUGAUAAAGAUGUAUGAGAAGGUGGGCCCACAGCUGGAGGGUGGCAUGGCGUGUGGUGGAGUAGUCGGUGUCGUGGAUGUGCCCUAUCUGGUUCUGGAGCCAACUCAUAACAAACAAGACUUUGCUGAUGCCAAAGAAUACCGACACUUGCUGAAGGCUAUGGGAGAGCAUUUAGCUCAGUACUGGAAGGAUGUAGCUAUAGCCCAGAAGGGUAUCAUCAAGUUCUGGGAUGAGUUUGGUUAUCUGUCAGCAAACUGGAACCAGCCUCCAUCCAGUGAACUGCGCUACAAGCGCCGCAGAGCCAUGGAGAUCCCUACCACCAUCCAGUGCGAUGUAUGCCUGAAAUGGAGGACUCUCCCAUUCCAGCUGAGUUCAGUGGAGAAGAAUUACCCUGAUAGUUGGGUGUGCUCUAUGAACCCUGAUCCUGAACAAAAUAGGUGUGAAGCUCCAGAGCAGAAGCAGAAAUUACCACUGGGAACCUUGAAGAAGGACUCAAAAUCGCAGGAGGAAAAGCAGAAACAACUGUCAGAGAAAAUCCGGCAGCAGCAGGAAAAACUGGAAGCACUGCAGAAAACCACACCAGUUCGAUCUCAAGCUGACUUAAAGAAGCUGCCUCUGGAAGUGACCGCACGGCCUGCAGGGGAGCCAGUGACUCGAUCGCAGCGCCCACGAUCUCCUCCCUUACCCGAUGUCAUCAAGAAUGCUCCCAGCAGACCGCCACCACUUACACCUCCUUCCAGGUCUGUCAGUCAGCUGAAGAGGGGCUCUUCAACUUGGGCAGCUAUUAACACUCCCAGAUUGGCAAGCAUUCUCUCCAAGGAGGAGGCCAGCACUUCCAAGAUGUACCACGAUGCUGUAACAGCUGUGACAGCCAGAAAAUACAGUAGCACUUCAAAGACUCUUGCCAAACCAACUACACCAACCAAACCCUCCUCUGCUGUCCCACAGAGCCCCAAAAGCCCACGUGAGACACCCAACUCAAAAACUGCCAAGGUGUCAACACCAAAGAAAUCUGCCACUGUCAGAUCGCCCCAGGCCUGCACCCCUAGGAAGAGGACUGUAUACACUGCUGAGGAGUUGUCUGAGGAGGAAGUAGAGUGCAAGAAGGAGAGGAUAAAACGAGGCAAAUUUGUAGCAGUGAAAGAGGAGAAGAAAGAUCCCAGCGAGGUGGUGGUGGAGCUCACAGACAGUGCAGGGGAAGAAGAUAUGGCAGAACUGAAGGAAGCUCAGAAAGACAAAGGGCUGCACGUGGAGGUCCGUGUGAACAAGGAAUGGUUCACAGGCCGUGUCACAGCUGUGCAAAAGGGCAAGCGUGCCAUCCGCUGGAAGGUGAAGUUUGAUUAUGUUCCUACAGACACCACUCCAAGAGAUCGCUGGGUACAGAAGGGUAGUGAGGAUGUGAGAUUGAUGAAGCCUCCCUCUCCAGAGCACCGGAGUCCAGACACACAGCAGGAAGAGGAGCUGGUUGUGGCUGAACCUUCUACCUCAGAAUGUGUUGGAAUUGAACCAGACACUACAGGUCCUAGCAGUGGCCAAGAAACAGUAGACUUACUAGUUCAGAUCCUUCGGAAUUGUUUGCGAUACUUCUUGCCUCCAAAUUUUCCUAUUUCCAAGAAGGAGUUGAGUUCCAUGAGUUCAGAAGGAUUGCUGGCAUUUCCCUUGAAAGACUAUUUCAAACAGUACGAGAUGGGUCUGCAGAACCUGUGCAAUUCAUAUCAGACCCGUGCUGAUGCCCGGGCCAAAGCCUGUGAAGAAAACCUGCGCAAUACUGAGAGAAAGCUGAAGGAAACAGAGGAGAAACUGCAGAAGCUGAGGACUAACAUUGUGGCUUUGCUGCAGAAGGUGCAGGAGGACAUUGAUAUUAAUACAGAUGAUGAACUGGAUGCAUAUAUCGAGGACCUGAUCACAAAAGGAGACUGAAUAGCAUUACACAUCCUCAGGAAGUGUAGAAUUGCUGGUUACUUUGAUGGAGAUGUGGAUUCCUGCAGUAGAAGUCUAUGACAGCAGAUGAAAGAAGAGAGCUUGUAGACAGUGCUGCCAUUGUUUGGUGUACAGCUUGUUGUGACUGAAAAGACAUUUGUGCUUUGGGCAGGAAAGUUUUUAACAUUAUAAUUCUCUGAAUUUC